AUGCCACGCAACUUCACUUCCGACAUUGACGAUGGAGAUGAUGAGCUGCAACAUCUGCCGCGAUUUUAUAGCCUUGCUCAGAAGGCAGAGUCAGUAAUUCGGCGGUUCGAGCGCCACCAACUCCAGAGUUUCAGUUGGGAUUUAGGGACAUGCUUGCCGCCCGAAAUCCUCGGGGUCCUUGGCGUCAUCCCGAUUCAACAGUCCUCACUCCAAUCAUUGAGUUUAAUCACUGAUCCGACUUGCCGGGCCUCUUAUGAUGGAGAGUGCGAGAUAGAUCUAUCCCCAUUCAGCAGCCUUCAGAGCCUGAGCUGGAGAGGCCCUACCUCUGAUAAUCUGCACGCGCUUACCGUCGCUCUGCGGAAUAAUUCGACGCAUCUCAGGAACCUGGAAUUGGAUUUUUUGAAUUGGCACGAACUUCGAGAAUAUCUGGGUUAUUACGGCGAUGACGAGGAUGACCUAGAUGGCACCAAAGAGAUCAAUUACUUUGCUGAUGUCGUUCUUGGCUUGAACAGACACUCUCCACGCCCCUUAUUCCCAAGAAUCCGUGUGCUAUCCCUCUCGCAGGUACCCCUCUCAACGGCAAUGGCCCAUGCCUUCAACUUCGAGACCCUCUCGUCUCUCAUGUUGAGAAUGUGCCCCAACUGCCAUCAAUUCCUCAAACGCGUUAUGCAGCUCAACCACCCGAUAAAGCUGAAAAGACUUGAAAUUCAGGAAUGGAGCGAGACCUUUGUUCUAGAUUACCUUAACGCCUUUGAGGGACUGGAAGAGCUUUUCGUAGGCGAAGCUGGACCGACUUCAGCCCUUGAGCUUUGGGGCCACGUCGCUCAUCGCCAUCCAAAUCUCAAGAGAUUUGUUGGUCACCAGAGAAUGAUCAAUACCAACGAAGACUCUCCGCAUUUUGAAAGGGCGUGUGAUGUGCCGGAUCUAGGCAUUUCUGGACACAGUAUGCACCGAAUAAAAGAAGACCCUUCACAGAAUCCCCUUGCGAAGCUUGAUCUUGAGUUUAUUGGCAUACCUUGUAUGCCAAAACGCCUGAAAUACAUCUUAUUUCCUUUCACGUCAAAGACUUCAUUAAAAGUCCUUCACAUUCGCCAGUCAGCCCCAAAUAUCGAGCAAGGCGCGUCUUGGGCCAUAAACGAAGACCCGGCAUUGGCGACUUCGAUUACGAGAAGCGAUACGUCGUCCGAGAGUGGGGAGUCUCUCUCUUGGACCGACUCAGGUCCUACCACCCCAACUGGUGCGGCUGGAGACGUCACCUUCGGACCCAACGCGGUAGAAGUCACUGCUUAUAACCACGGAGGAAGCCUUUGGCCUCUGCUGCAGCACGAUUUCCGCCAGUUUCUCGAAUGGGCUUUUGGGCCGCAGGGCAUAGCAUCACUGGAUAUUGUUGCGUUUGGAGAUUUCGCCCACGGCGGCCGGGAAAACGAGAUUGUGAAGAAGUCCAAGAUAAGUAUCGUGACGCUAUGGAGGCCUGUCCGGCAGAACCGCUCUUUAAAUUUUGAGAUAGUAGUGCUUUCAGAGCACCCCACUCGCGUUGCUGAACUAGACGAGGGUAGAUCUCAAAGAAUCGAGGCAUGUUUGAUUUCAGCUCCACAUGGUGGCUUGUUUUGGACUCAAAAAGGUGACGGCAUAAGCUUCUUUGAGCAGCUACCACACUCUUCGAGGGGGCUUGUAGGUUGCAAAUACAAACCCAACGAUCCGGAUCUCUCAGCCUUAUCAAAGGCCUGUCACGAGCUACCUGGUACUACGACAAGAAACCACUUGCACGCGCCCCUUCUCCUAGCCGCCGAAAUCGGUGCUCGAGAGUAUAUGAUCAGAAAUCCCGAGUUCCGCACGCUUAAUGGCCUAGCAUGCCAGGAUGUACCUGCCCCCCUUUACUUUCUCUUGAGUUUCGACCGCCAGGUUUCACACCAACUAAAGAAAGCCGCCCAUCACCACAUAUUGUCCCGAUGCUCUUGA